CUAAGCUCAACAGUGCACAUAAUUUAUUACCCUUCACCAUACAGAAAAGAGAGGAAGCAGAGAAAACGAUUCCCUACGGUCUACGGUGUGGGGGUGACUCCGUCUCAGCGGGCGGCAGCUCUUCGGCGUCAUUGCACCUUCGCCUAGUUUUGUAAUUCCUCCUCGCAGCAGCUUGGCCGCGCUCCGUAAAUCGGAAGCAGGGGAGCUGUUUGAUUCCGGCGACUACCAAACCAUGACGUCAAUCACUUCCGUCGAAUUGAACUACCUCGUCUUCCGGUACCUUCAAGAGUCAGGUUUCACACAUUCAGCAUUUGCUUUAGGUUAUGAGGCGGGUAUUAACAAAUGCACCAUAGACGGAAACAUGGUUCCUCCAGCUUCUCUUAUAACAUUUGUGCAAAAGGGACUGCAGUACUUGGAGAUGGAAGCAAAUUUGAGUAAUAGUGAUGCUGACGUUGAAGAAGAUUUCUCAUUUCUGCAACCUUUGGAUCUAAUCACAAAAGAUGUCCGUGAGUUGCGGCAAAUGAUCAAAGAGAGGAAAAAAGGUCUGCAGAAGGAGAGAGAUAAGAGAGAAAAAGAGAAGGAGAAGGAGAAGGAGAAAGAGAGAGAAAAGGAUAAGGAGACUGAGAAGGAGCAUGAAAGAGAACGCGCACGUAUAAGAGAGAAGGACCGAAAGGAACGGGAAAAAGAGGUAGAAAAGGAUAGAGAGCGGAAUGAAAAAGUGAGAGAUCGAGAAAAACAACUUGAAGAUAGUGCUGAAAGAGGGGCCAUUCCUGACCAAGAGGAGAAGACUGUUGUCAAACAAGAAGAAAAUGGAAUUUCCGGAGGUGCUGAACCAAUGGAGAUGGCUGUUCCAUCAACAUCUCAGACAUGUGAAAUUAGUAGUUCCGAUGUGAUGAUAUUGGAAGGUCAUGCUUCGGAGGUUUGUGCCUGUGCAUGGAGUCCUACUGGAUCACUUCUCGCAUCAGGAUCUGGAGAUUCAACUGCACGUAUAUGGACUGUUGCGGAAGGGACUGCUAGAACUAGUAUGCAGAAUGGUCCGGCAAAUGUACUGGUCUUGAAGCAUGUAAAGGGGAGAACAAACGAGAAGAGUAAAGAUGUGACAACACUGGAUUGGAAUGGUGAGGGAACAUUACUUGCUACAGGUUCAUAUGAUGGGCAAGCCAGAAUAUGGAGUACGGCCGGCGAGCUGAAAAGUACUCUAUCCAAACAUAAAGGACCUAUUUUCUCUCUAAAGUGGAACAAGAAGGGAGAUUUCCUUCUAACUGGAAGCUGUGACAAAACGGCGAUAGUGUGGGAUGUGAAAGCUGAGGAAUGGCGGCAACAAUUUGAGUUCCACACAGGUCCUAUACUUGAUGUUGAUUGGCGCAACAAUGUUUCAUUUGCAACAAGCUCCACGGACAAUAUGAUAUAUGUAUGCAAAGUUGGAGAGACACGCCCAAUAAAGACAUUUGCUGGCCAUCAGGGUGAGGUUAAUUGUGUUAAGUGGGAUCCAGCAGGUCAGCUAUUGGCAUCUUGCUCUGACGACAUCAGUGCUAAGGUUGUUUGCACUGUUUUCUUCAACAUGCUGCAGGUAUGGAGCAUGAAACAAGAGAAGUAUGUUUAUGAUCUAAGGGAACACACCAAGGAAAUAUAUACACUUCGAUGGAGUCCUACUGGACCUGGUACCAAUAAUCCUAACCAACAAUUGGUGCUGGCAAGUGCAUCAUUCGACUCAACAGUGAAGUUGUGGGAUGUGGAGGUUGGGAAACUUAUCUCCACUUUGUGCGGACACAGGGAUCCUGUCUAUUCCGUUGCGUUCAGCCCCAACGGAGAGUAUCUGGCGAGCGGCUCUCUUGACAGAUGCAUAAACGUCUGGUCGUUGAAGGACGGAAACAUAGUGAAGAAGUACACCGGCAACGGUGGAAUAUUUGAAGUAUGUUGGAACAAAGAAGGCGAUAAAAUCGCGGCUUGUUCCGCAAACAACACUGUUUGUGUCUUGGAUUUCAGAAUGUGAAAAACUGGAAGGCUCCGUCGCAACAAUGUGACAAUCCUUCCUGGGAUUGUGCUGAUGAGGGAAAUAGAUUUUUUACGCUUUGCUUGUAGCUGUAGUUGGCAAGGCAGCAGCUAACUGUGAUAAGUUUUGUAAGUAAAUUAAGAAGUCCUCUUUCAAUUGACUUGUGAGUAGGGAACAUCCGUUCAAGACUAGUUUGCAUAGAAUAGCUAUUUAUGUACAAAGUUAACUGGCGUCGAUUUGUACACUAUAGAAAAUGCUUGCCUCCAUCUUACAGUUCUGUCCUGCACUUGAAAUUAAGGAUUGUGAAAUCGUAAAUUUUACCGGAAAAGUCUGGAAUAUUUUGUCCCGAAAUUGUAACUU